UAAUUUAUUACAUGGGUAUGCGCGCGUCACGCCAUCACUGGAGCCAAGUGGCAUGCAUCGUCGACUAGGGAUAUAAACCCCUACAUAUAUGUACAUUAAUUGAUGCAAAAGACAUCAACCAGCUACGAGUUAACAGUCAACACCCACCAGGCGGAUGCCACUGGUCAAUACUUGAAUACAGCAUGUCAUCGCCAAUUUCUGAUAUCCCCGGCGACAGUAAGCUUGCCUGGGUUGCCAGCGACCAGGUUACUAAAGAAGAGAUCCGCUCUGAUGAGAACGACUCAAAGAAUGUCAAAGAUGGUGCACUGGUGUUCGAUAAUGAGCUCAAGGCCGGCCCUCCUGCAUUCGAUGCUGAUGGAGAAGACCAGCAAACAGAUGACGACGACGUAAUCAUAGUUACAGGCACCGAUGCAGCGAACCACCUAAUUCCGCUACGAGACGAUGGCAACCCGGCCUUAACCUUUCGAAGUCUCUUCAUAGCCACAGUGCUCUCCGCUUUUCAGGCUACUAUGAGCCAGAUCUACUAUUUCAAACCGACAUAUCUCACCAUUCAAGGAACUUUUAUAGUCGUUUUCGCCUACUUUCUCGGCAAAGGCUGGGCCAACUUCCUCCCCCGUGGGGAUCGAAUCGAGGCGAGAUGGCGUGCGAAAGGUGGUCAGGGGAAACUUCCCCUGUGGAUCUCGAUCAUCUCAUUUUUCAAUUAUGGUCCUUGGGAUCUGAAAGAGCACUCAGUUUGCUCAAUCACGGCCAAUGCCGCAUCCAAUGGUGCAGCGAGUAUUACUGUUUUUGCGGCACAGAACCUCUUCUAUAACAUGCCUUUGAGUGCAGGCACGGUAAUCUUGAGCACCCUCUCCAUCGGACUGUUUGGCUACGGAAUCGCCGGAAUGAUGCGCCCAAUUGCCGUCUGGCAUGUCGAUGCAGUGUACUGGAGCACUCUUCCCCUAGUCAAGUCUCUUCAGGGACUUCAUUGGGAAGAACUGAAAAACUCCAAACCACUCAGAUACUUCUGGUACGCCUUUGGCGGCAUGUUUCUUUACGAGUCGUUCCCUGCCUAUAUAUUCCCAUGGCUCAACUCGGUCUCCAUUCCCUGCCUUGCCUCUAUGCACACAACUGGCGACAAGGCAUCUGUGCUCACAAACCUGUUCGGCGGGUCGCAAAAUAACGAAGGACUUGGUCUUUUCAGUCUUGGAUUUGACUGGCAAUAUAUCACCUCGUCGCAAACCUCUUUCCCUUUCUCGCUACAAGUCCUUAUGGCUCUUGGGUUUUUCACCUGCUAUAUCGUGAUGCUCGCCAUCUACUACGGGAAUGCCUGGGGUGCGAGGUCGCUUCCAUUCAUGUCAACACAACUUCUAAAAGCCGACGGCUCUCGAUACCCAAUCGCUAAAGUCUUCACCGGUGGUAUUCUCAACACGGACGCUCUGGCCACUUACGGUAUCCCCAGACUCUCUGGCAGUUUCGCGUAUGCAAUGUUCAUUGCGAAUGCCGCUAUUGGCGCCAUGGUUGCUCACUGCUUCCUAUUUUGGGGAAGGGAUGUCCUGAAUGCGUAUAAAAGUGCAAGAAAAGGCACUGGUGGCGAUCGGCACCAUGAGCACAUGGCCAAGCAUUAUGUCGAAACUCCAGCAUUGUGGUACAUUGCCAUACUUGUCAUUAGCUUCGUUCUCGGCAUCGUUGCCGUCACCAAGGAGAAUAUUACCCUCCCGGUUUGGGCUUAUAUUGUAUCACUACUGCUAGGAAUACUGUUUGCGCCCUUUAGUGUCAUUCUGUAUUCUCGGUACGGCAACGGCAUUGCCACAAACAACCUGUCGAAAAUGUUGGCUGGUCUGAUCCUGCCUGGACGUCCCGUUGGAAACAUGUACUUCGCUGCCUGGUCGCACUCUGUCAUUUCGAACACUGUCAACUUGUGCAAUGACUUAAAGAUGGGCGAAUACCUCAAGAUUCCUCCCCGGACUAUGUUCAUUACCCAAAUUUACGGUACUGUAUUGGGCGCCUUUGUCAAUUACGCCGUCAUGAUCUCCAUUGUGACUGGCAAUCGCGAUACCCUUGUGGAUGGAAAUGGAGAUGCAUCCUGGAGCGGAGCAACCUUGCAAGCAUAUAACACCAACGCAACGGCUUGGGCCCUAGCCAAAUACCUCUACCAAACCGGCAAGACGUAUCAAAUCGUGCCUCUUGGGCUGCUAAUCGGCGCUGGAGCCGUCGCUAUCCACCGUGUCGUUGUUCAUUUCAUCCCCAAAGUCCGCGGCAUCUCACUUUCAGAUUUCAACUUCCCGCAAUUCAUCCAAUACGCCGGAUACAUCCCUUACAACCAGUCACAGACAUGCGUGAUCCUCAGCCAGCUGUCUGCAGGGUUUUUUGUGCAGUUCUAUCUUCGCAAAUACCGUCCACGUAUCUUCAAGGACUAUUCGUACAUGAUUACGGCUGCCUUUGAUGGUGGCACUCUGACGGCUUUGUUCAUCCUCUCCUUUGCCGUGUUUGGGGCCGGUGGCAGUGCGGUCCCGUUCCCUUCAUGGUGGGGGAAUAAUGUCAAUGGGAACUAUGAUCUGUGUCCCGAGACCAGUUAACGAAGUUUGAUUACUAGGGUUAGAUGGAUCUAUUCUCUAUUUAUUGAAUUGGAUAUUACAUAUGUAGGUAGAUGCCAAUUCUUGACUUGACGGCAACAGCCAGUUCAGACAAUAGAAUUUUUGAGUAACAUGUGGAUAAGUUGAAACUACUUUUUUUUAAUCCAGUGGCCUGGCCAUAUAUUACAUGUAUGUGAUAGUAUUCGAUAACAGAAAGGGAAUAGGAUGUCGACAUAAAAUCAAUGAUGC